AUGAGCGACUCCCCCGCGGAGCUUAGCGCCGAACUGCGGAACGCCAUGGCCAUGGCCGCGGCUGCGGGGGACAAGCUGGGGGCCUUCAAGGCGGCGGCUGCUGCAGCUGCGGCGGCGGCCAAGAAGGACAAGAAGCAGAUGAGCGAGUCGGAGUUGCAGCAACUAAGGCUGAAGAUUAACAGCCGGGAGAGGAAGAGGAUGCACGACCUGAACAUCGCCAUGGACGGGCUGAGGGAGGUCAUGCCCUACGCCCAUGGGCCAUCCGUGCGCAAACUCUCCAAGAUCGCCACCCUGCUCCUGGCACGUAACUACAUCCUGAUGCUGACCAACUCCCUGGAGGAGAUGAAGAGGCUGGUCAGUGAGAUUUAUGGGGGGCACCACCCCGCCUACCACCCAUCAGCCUGUGGGGGCAUGGGCCAUGCAACUCCUUUAUCUGGACACCCAGUGGGCCAUCCUGUCCACCACCCUCUGCUUCCACCCACAGCUGCCUCUCUGACCACCACUGGCAUCUCAGCUGUCAGGGCAGCCCCACCACCCCCACCUCCUCCUCCUGCCCCUCCAUCCUCCAAUCCUGUGUCCCAUGGUCUCGGUGGAGGCUUCCCUCACUGGAGUGGCAUGCCUUGCCCAUGUAGUAUGUGCCAGAUGCCCACCGCAGCUCACCACCACCUCAGCGGAUCCAGCUUACCCAGGCUCACCUCUGACUCCAAAUGA